UCUCCCCUUUAUAAGAUAACUCUUCCCGUGUUGGCAGCCAUCUCUUUGAUUCACUCAAAUCCUCAGCAUGGCAGAACUUUUGUUAGAUUCCAAUAUUCGAGUUUGGGUCUUUUUACCCAUUGUUGUUAUUACUUUUCUAGUUGGUAUCAUAAGACAUUACGUCACUAUAUUACUUUCUUCAGAAAAAAAGUCAGAACUACAGCAGGUAGCAGACAGUCACGCCUUAAUUCGGAGCCGAAUACUACGAGAAAAUGGCAAAUACAUUCCCAAACAUGCCUUUAAUAUGCGUAAAAGUUUCUUCAAUGAUGAAGAUAGAGGCUUCUUUAAAACGCAGAAAAGGGAAGCGACUGUCAAAAAUCCGAUGACAGAUCCCACUAUGAUGACUGAUAUGUUAAAAGGGAAUGUUACCAAUGUUCUACCAAUGAUCAUAAUUGGUGGGUGGAUCAAUUGGGCCUUCUCAGGAUUUCUCACCACAAAAGUACCAUUUCCUCUCACAUUACGUUUUAAACCAAUGUUGCAACGCGGUAUUGAACUUGUAUCAUUGGAUGCAUCCUGGGUCAGUUCAAUAUCCUGGUAUUUUCUCAAUGUAUUUGGAUUGAGAAGUAUGUACACAUUAAUCCUGGGACAAGAUAACGCGGCUGACCAAACCAGAGUUAUGCAAGAACAGAUGUCAGGCUCAGCUAUGGUUGCACCUCCAGACCCCAUGAAAGCAUUCAAAGCAGAGUGGGAAGCUCUUGAAAUUUGCAACCAUCAGUGGAGUUUGGAAGGUGUUGAAGAGGAACUAACUGGCAGCAGUAUUCCAGAAACCAUCUAUAUAAAAAACAAGUUCUCAUAAUUGUACAAAGUGUGACAAUUUUACACUGAAGUGGAGCAAAAUAUAUUUAAAAAAAAAACUGGCUUGUGUUUUCAUGGUUUCUUAUUCAUAAGAAAUUGGAUUUUUACAGACAGCAUCUAACAUUGUAAUCUACUGAUAAAGCCUGUGGGCAAAUAAUCGAUCUUGAACCAUCAAAUAGGAGAGAUAAAAUAUUUGUCUUCCUCCACAAUGAAAUCUAAUGCAACGGCUAUUUUAGAUAAAACUAGCCCCAUUGCCAAAAGAGAGAAAUGUGUGUGUGUUUGUGUGCUUCUGUGUAUGUGUGUUGAGAGAUUGAAACCGUCAACUUCACAUUGACAAUAUUUAGUAUUUUCACUUCCAAACAACUUAUUUAAAGGAUGUAAAAGGGAAGUUCAUUUGUAUUGGUUUUUAUUUAAAUGCAAAUUGUUUUGUUAUAUGCUUCUAUAUAUUACUGUGAAUUAUAAAACAUCAAGCAAAAAUUUUUUUAAAAAUCUACUAUUUUAACAUGUUAAGACUAUUGUCCUAAUGUUUAUUAAAUAUGUGGGAUUCACAUACACACAAUAAUUCAAAUAUUUAUUCAUUCUAAGAGUUGUAAUAAUAAACUUAUUUGAAAUCUUU